GUCAAGAAGGCCUUUGAUGCUCAUCUACUCAAAGAGGUAGAGGUUGGAAACCAAUGUCUUUGCGAAUAAGGUACAUCGGUGACCUUGAUUCGUCGAGCGAAAAGGUGACGUCGGCAUGUUACUUUCAACGACGUAUUGAUUAUCUAAAAAGGCAUAUUGGCUAUCUUUUAAACUCUUAUUCUUGUCGAAAUUUGUAACUUGGGUCUCUCGGAGCCACGGGAAUCCUCCUAACGAGUGAGAGAAACACGUUUGACUUGGAUUCAGGGGUCACUCCUUUUCCAUCAUAUCGAUAUGAACCCUAACCCUGCAUUGUCAAAUACCCCUCAUUGAUUUGGAAGCCCAUGUCGCCCCCCUUGUGGUUUUGCCCCGCGCCGAAUCUGCGAAUCCCGGCAGCGGACGUCACGAUUGCAAAGAGCUUCAGCAGAGCUUUGGAAUCACUGCUACGAUGACAGCUUUUUGUCACCAAAAGCAUAUGAAUGCUGACAAUUCCCACCGGCCAAUUCUUUAUCCUCACUUUUCCCCCGCUCCAGAUUCUCAAAGAGUUGACUCAUCCCAUCCUUCCUCUCCUUCCUCAUUUGACAUCCCGGAAAACAUCGUCAAUAAAUCUCUCUCGGUAGCUGCUCCAGACCCUCAUUCGCAUUUCGCAAUCCCACAUCCAUUCUGUCGCAAUCGCGGGAACUCCACCCUUUCCAGGGCCCACGAUCCACCACAUCCUAGCUCCCAUUGCAACAAUCGCAUCGCGAGAGCUACAUCAUUAUAAUAAAUCAAUCACAUCCCCUCCCCUCAUAGCUUCGCUGCUUGCCGUAACUCUGUCCAUGUCAACCUGCCCCUUCAUCCUCACCAAGCUCUUCACCCCCUUCUCACGAGCCGCCAUCGCCAAAUCCCCAAACACCCACUCCCUCCUCAAGAAAAUGGGCACCUCCACCUCCGCCUCCGCCGCCACCCAAAAGGAAUACCCCGAGGGCGCCGCCCGCGCAACCGUCGCGGCCGGCUGCUUCUGGGGCGUCGAACACAUGUACCGCAAGCAUUUCGGCUCCAAAGGCCUCUACGACGCCCGAGUAGGCUACAUUGGCGGUAACACCCAGGACCCUUCCUACCGCGCCGUCUGCAGCGGCAACACAGGCCACGCCGAAGCCACCCUCCUAGUCUACGACCCCACCAAAAUCUCCUACACCGACCUCCUCACCUUCUUCUACCGGAUGCACGACCCCACCACGUCCAACCAGCAGGGCCCCGACAGGGGGUCCCAGUACCGCUCGGGGAUCUUUUACCACGACGCCGAGCAGGAGAAAACCGCGAGGGAGAUGACCAAAAAAGCAAACGAGCAGUGGUGGAACAACAAGAUCGUCACCGAGAUCCUCCCCGCGCAAAAGUGGUGGGACGCUGAGGAUUACCACCAAGAGUAUCUCACCAAGAACCCGUACGGGUACGAAUGCCCGAGUCACUUUUUGAGAAAUUUUCCCGAUUUGCAAUAGCAGCCCCGGAAGAUGGCUACAAGACUGUGAUUUUUUGAGCUGGGUUGGGAUAUCUUUUUUUUUUUUUUGUUUGGUGAACGAGAAAGGGGGUUCGGCGUAC